CACCGCCGGAGGGUGGGAAUCCCUCCUCCCCGCCCGGCCGUGCGUACGCCCCGUCCCUCGGCGUGGGCGCCUCCAUCAGCUCCGCCGGCAUCUCCCCUCCUCCUCCUCCUCCUCCCCGCACACCCACACACUUUCCCCGUCCCUCCUCCCCGCCACUCCGCAGCAGAGUGCUUUUGCAGCCUGUGCGGCUCCUGAGAAAGGAGGUGUGCAGCUUUUUUUUUUUUUCUUUCUCCUUUUUAUUUUUAAUUGUUUUUUUCUUUUCUCCGGGGCGGACCCUUUGGGAGGAGCAGCUGCAGGAGCCGCGGCCACGCCGGGACCGAGCAGGGAGGAUGGCCGGGGGGCGCCUCCCGGGGCUGCUUCUCCUCUUGCACGCCGCGGCUCGCCUGGCCGCCGAGCAAGAAGUUGAAAACCUCUCCGGGCUCUCCCCUAACCCCGAGAAGGACAUCUUCGUGGUGCGGGAAAACAGGACGACGUGUCUCAUGGCCGAAUUCGCCGCCAAGUUCAUCGUCCCCUACGACGUGUGGGCCAGCAACUACGUGGAUCUGAUUACGGAGCAAGCCGAUAUCCCGCUGUCACGGGGCGCCGAGAUGAAGGGCAAGUGUGGCACUAACGAGUCGGAGCUGGAGCUCUCCUGGCUGGAGCAAGCGUACACCCUCAAACUCUUCUUCCUGAAGGAGGGGCACAACACGUCCCGGGGGCCAGAGGCGUUCUGGAGGCUCAGCCGGAUCCAGUUCACCUACGACACCUCCGAGCGCACCUACUUCAAGGACGCCGUGAGCCCCGGGAAGCACACGGCCAGCUCACACCGGCUCUCGGCCCUGGUCACCCCCGCUGGGAAGUCCUACGAGUGCCAGGCCCAACAGACCAUCUCCCUCAUCUCCAGCGACCACCAGAAGUCGGUGCAGCUCCUGCUGUCGGAAGUGCGGCUCCAGCCCUUCGACAUCCCCGCGGAUUUUGUCUUCAGUGAAGAACACAAGUGCCCAGUGGACCAGAGGGAGCAGUUGGAAGAAACCCUGCCUCUGAUUCUGGGCCUGAUCCUGGGCUUGGUGAUCGUGAUCACCCUUGGCAUUUACCACAUCCACCUCAAGCUGACAGCCAGCCAAGUGCAGAUUCCUCGGGACAGAUCUCAGUACAAGCACAUGGGAUAGGGAGCAGGAUCGAGCAACCCGAGUAUUCAUCAGGUAGAAAAAGCACUUUUUUUCCUGUGGGUGAGGAAAGGUUAUGGGGGGGCACGAGAUGGUAUUCACAGCACCUCAUGGUGAGCAUUUCAUGGGGACACGCAGGUCAGGGCCGGGCCUUCACUCAGUCAGGGCAGAGUCUGUAAGAGGACUCGGUGUCUGAUGUGAGGUGUCUGUGGCAGUAGGUGGUUUGAAUACCUUCUUAAGCAGCUGGGCUGAUCAUCUGGAAACAGAAAUGCUUCACAUGUCAAAUUUUAACAUUGGGAGCAAAAUUAGCUUUUUUUUGUUCUCUUUUUUUUUUUUUUCUACCUCUCCCUUGAGCUGCUCUGGGAAGUGUUGAGCCCUCUCUGCUCCUGUCCAUGCAGGGAGCAGGGCUGAGGGACAGAGUCCCUUCAUUCAGGCCCUUUAAUGAAGGGACUCAAACCACAUUCCUAAGUUUGCACCCAUGUUAAGGACAGCAUGGAGGCAAAUACAGGUGUGUUUUGAAAAAAAAAAUUAAAGGUCAGAACCUGGAGCUGAUAUUAAUUGGAGUAACUCCAGUGGAGCAGAUCACAGUCAGCUGUGGAGCUGACCCCACACUUGAGAUCGAGUGAAGAAAGUUUGUUUUUGCUUCUUGAGCCACAUCUGAACUCAACUUUAAAAAAAAAAAAAGGUAAAAAAAAAAAGUAUUGAUACACAAAUUAUAAAGUGCCGUGCUACUGCAAGUCAACUGAGAAAUGCUUCUGGCUGGACAUCCUGCACGUAUUGUGAUUGUUGUUGAGAUGUUACAUUGCUACCUGCAACUGAUAUUUUCACAACAAAACAAAAAAAAAAAAAGAAGAAAACAGUAAUGUUCAAGUUACUAUGCAGAUUAUUCAGGUAUAAUCUAAUGUAACAGAAAAAAAUAUAAGGGAGUCCUCGAAAUCUAUCCUUAAAUGUAGACAAUUUUUAAAAUUAAUUAAAACAUGUACAUACAUAAUAACUUGAUUUGCCUUCUUCUUUUGAAAUGAUGUAAUGCUUUGUCCUAACUCCAUGAUACCUCAUGGAAUUGGUGCAAAAAUACCUCUUGCUGAGUGGAGGUUAAAUGUAGGAUUUAUUCUAGCAGGAGUUUUGGAGCAGAUGGUUUGGUGAAGAUAUGGUGGUGGUUCAGUAUUCUGUGAUUUGUUGGUUAUUUUUAAUAUUACUGUAAUCUCUUGGUUGCUUUUCUUACAUGUUUUGUGGGCAAUGGUGUUUCAAUCUGGUACUGUCCAGUUUCCAAUGAAGCCUUUGACUUCCCUCAGCAGGAGUUAGUCCAGGCCUUGAGUCAACUUAGGGUAUGCAAAAUACUUUCUCGUUCUUUAAGCUGGUUUGAUCCAAGCAGUGACUCAGACAGACUGUCCUCUUUCUGCUUAAACCCAAAUAAUAAUCAAAGAAAAAUAGUAAUUUCAAUGCUGUGAAAUGUAAGAGGAGAAACCUCACUGGCUUUUAAUGCUGUAGCCUCCUCCAAAAUUUACAGGUUUUUUUGUUGAAGGUGGAUGCAGCACGAGCCUUCCUUUAGUCUUGUCUUACUCCUGGUCUCAUUUCUUUAUAUUAUGCUUGGCUUUUUUUUUUCUCAUUUGGAUUUAAGAAGCGUAAUUAUUGCGCUGUUGGUGCUUGUGGCUUUGCCCUUUUCUUUCAACAUUCCGGUGAAAGUGUUCUGGGCAGGCUUUAGCUGACCAAGUGCCACUGCCUACAAUGAGCUGAUUAUUAAAAAAAGGUUGUUUUAGAGGCAGUUAGGAAAAGCCAGAGGUAGCAGGAGGGUGAAUAAAAGGAUUAAAGGUUCAUCCUCAAUAGAGAGGAGCCACAGUUAUCAGCUUUGUCCUGCCUCACCCUUGUCUGCCCUCCAGCCAGAAAGGCUCUCCCAGCCAGCUCCCAUCAGCCUGGCACAUCUGCUCCUGUAUUUGACAUCCAAAAGAAUAAUGGGAUUAAAAAAAAAGGAAGCAAACAGCUGAACUGCAGAUGCCAGAGGAGCCCCUCCAUGGUCGUUUGUCUCCCGAAUAGCACAUUGUGGCCGGGUGGCUGCAGGAGCAGGAUAUUGGGAUGGCCCCGUGUUUGAAGGCAGCGAAACCUGGGGCUCAGCUGAGCUGCCAAGUGUCACUGUAGGAGAGGCAGUGGCUGAGGGAUGGAGCUGCUGGCUGGGCAUAAUAUCCCCAGGGUGGUUUGGGAGUUUGUGCCUUGCUCAGCUGAAGCUGCUGGUGGGUUUUAGCCUUUAGCCCUUGUGUGUCACGUCGUUGCUUCUCCCCCUGCAGAAGGUGAGCGAGACCCGCCUGGUGUAACUGGGAGAUGCUCUCAAACAUCUCAACAUGUGGUUAAGGUGGAAAAAAUGCUAAUUUAUGGUCGACUCUGCAAACUGAUUUUAAUUCACCCUGCAGUGACCCUGUCGGGGUGGUCACAGCAGGGCAGCUCACAGGAAGCCGUCCUUGCCUGAUCCUGCUGCUUGAGCCCUGGCCAGUGCUCUGAAGUGGGGCUGACCCCCCAAAAAGCUGGUGCAGCUCCUGUGACCCUCUGCCUACAAACAUCAAGAACUUUUGUUGCUUUUCAUGUCAGAUGAUGGAGGUUUCCCCUUAGGAAGCUCCUGGCAUCGCUUUCAGGUGGAAUGUGUCUGUAAGCUAUUAGUUGCAUGAAUACAGUAAUUAUUUUUGUUUGUUUUCUGAAUUGAUAGAAAAUAAUUUUUUUGUUGGAUUGAAAUGUUUUUCCCUCUCUUUUGUGGGGAAGAAAGGAAAUAGAAACAAUAAUUUCAGCUCACUGGCAGUUUGUGCCCCAGACUGAUGUAUGUUGUAUAAAGAAAGUUAUUUAGGAUGUUGGGUGAAAACCCUUUGAAUAUUUUAAUCCUUUCCAUCCUUUUGUUAAUAUUUACUUAAUUUGAUCUGAAUUUUCCAUUGCUUAAGGCUUUUCAAGCCUAUUUAUGAAAAAAUUAUUUAUGAGGUUAAAACAGCUGUCCAGCUUCCCUCCUGCCCAUUCAAGCUACAGCAGCAUCUUAAGGAUGGCAGCACUUUAUUGUGAUUUAAUUUUAUAUUUAUCUUUCAUUCGUUGAUGGCUUAUUAUGGUCUAGCUGCAAAUUGAAUGCUUUGCUCUAUAUAGAUGUUUAUGAACACAUCAGUUCAUGGUGGAUAAAUAUAAGAAACUUAUCACCCUACUGAGCUCUUUAAGGACCUGUAAUAAUUAGGCACUUACUAAAGCAGCUGCUAAUGACUUACCAAGUACUUAUGAUUAGAACUUUAAUUAUAAAUUAUUGAUGUAUUGCUGAGGAGGGGACUUACACAGCCAGCAAAUGUCCCGGCCUCUGCUACUGAAAUGAUGGGGAUUUGUGAAUGCUUUUAGAACUGUGACCUCAGAAAAAGCCAUCAUUCCUUAGUGCCAGGCAGGAAUAAACUCCCUGGAGUACCCGGACAUACGUGGAGCUCGGCAUCAGCUUCAGUCAGCUUGUGCAGCCCAAGGUAACAGACCAUGGUUAUUCCCUGCUUUUUGCCCAGCUCUGGCUUUAUUUGAAGUGCUGAGGGUGAAACAGCCGAAGUUAAGAUUUCUUGUUUGAUUGUUUGGGGUGUUUUGGGUUUUUUUAGGUGAUGGCUAAUGUAUAUUGAAAUAUUUACUGAUGUCAGCAACCAAAAGUAAUCAAGAGUAAUAUAAAAACCUCACUUAUAAGACUUGGAGGUGGCAAAUAACAUUGUAGCUUCAUCAGCUGACUGGUGCUGCUGGGGAAACUGGGAGGAAUGUUGUCAGUAGGCGUGAGAGCUGAAUGGUUGUAAGCCAAAAAUUCAGGAUGUGUAAGGCCAAAAAAAAAGGGAUUAUUUAAGAGGCAGGGAAAGCAAGGUGGAAAUGUUCCAAGAGGGACAAGUCCUUCUGGAGAACUUCAUCUUGCAGAGGUGUGUGGGUGUGCUCGUCACUUCUCAAAAUACUCUGUACUGUCUGACUGACCACAGUCUGGGUGUUUUAUUCAAGUGCUGGCAUUGCCAACUCGUGUUGAAACAUGUGGGGUUUUCUAUGUUUAGAGGAGAAUUGUUUAUUUUUCUAACGUGAGUGUGUGUGUGUACAUGGGUAUGUUUGGGGGGGGGCCUCUCAGAAUGGUGAAAUCACAGUAUCUUGGUUUGAAAUGCCUAUUUGUCUACUAUUCUUCUAAAUUUAAGCCUGAUGUUCUUGGAUAAGUCUUUUUUUUUUUCCCCUUAAUUUUGGGUGAAGGAAAAUUCUUUUUUUCUUAUUUACUUGGCCCAGUAUUGUGGGACUGAGUCAAAUCUAUAAAACAGUAAAAAGGCACAGGGGAAAAAAACCACACUGAAACUUGAAGUGUUUAUUAAUUAAUUUAUUUAACUUGCAUGUGCAUUUGUCUCACCAGUAGCUGGUGUUCACAAAAAAAAAAAACCUUUGAAAUCGACAAAACUUUCAGUAAACUUGAUGAACACUGUUUUAAAGUAUCUAAUGAUAAGAAAGUUGCAGAAAAUUCUUCACUUGCACAGCCUAAAAUGUGCUGAAUAUUGAAGAAAAAAACCCCCCACCAACCCCUUUUUUUUAAUUUUUUUUUUAUUCAAAGAUGGUUAAAAAAGUUUAACUUUUGUGGCUAGUACUACAGUUGUGCCUGUAUGCCAUUGCCUGGACUGGUGCAGCCGGUUUUCCUGAGUUGUCAAGACUACAAAACAGACCCCCUGGAAGGCUGUGGGUGCUGCUCUCGGCCGGGUGGGCACCGGGAGCGUGUUUGUUUGCGGCGGGGCGGCGGGAGCCAAACACAUUUUCUGUAGUGCCCUCUUAAAAUGUGCAAACAGGGUUAAGAAGAGAAAGCAGAGCGGGGGGAGUAAGACACACAGAUGUGAGAACAUCUAUUCAAUGUUCCAGUUCAUAUUUAUCUCCCUUUUUUUUUUUAAAUUGCUUCUCUCCCUUCAAAUAUUCUUUUAAGUUUUUAAGGGCAGAACUAAAGGAGCUUCUUUAUUAUUGGCAACUCUUUUCUCCCAGAGGAAGAUCUUUAAGCAACAGCUCCUGCCAGGUUUAGAUGUUUGGUUAUAAUUUACUACAAUAAAUAACAAUUAAUUUAUCAACUAUGAAACUCCAUCAUAAGAAAGAAACUGAGUUUUCACAAAGUUGGCUUUGUGGUUCCUUAAAGAUACUGUAAAAUGAGGUCAGUAAGAAAAAAAAACAACCAAACUUGAAAAACAUGGCUUUUGUAUCAUACAUAAUUAAAAAGAACUAAUCAUUAAUAAAUAAAAAUCAUUUA